AUGCCACCAGAAGUGUCGACACCUUCGGCAAAUCCAUUGAAAAGACCUCGACAAGAUCCUGUGUCCUGCCAGUUUUGCAGGUCCAAAAAGCUAAAAUGCGAUCGCCAGCAGCCAUGUUCCAACUGCACCACCAGAGGGCUGCCUUGUAAUGGCCAGGCUCAACCCCGUCGUGAGAAUGGGUCGCCCUCGGCUGAAAUCGAUAACUUGUCCAUUCUGGCGAGAUUAAAAAGGCUCGAAGACAUUGUUAUGGGUUCCCCCAAACAGGAUCCUGCUAUUCCGACAGACCCGCUCAGCGGGCUACCUUCAAGGCCAAGUUCAACUUUUGCCUGUCUAUCUCCGCCUUCUGAGUAUGAAGAAGCAGUCCACAAUUUGGAAGAGGCUGGAACCCGAGAGACGCACUGGCCCACGUUGGGAGCUAGUGAUAUCGAAUUCCAGAUCUUGGGAACCAAAGAAAUGGCCAGCACUCCUGGUGUUACUCAAGGGGUUACUUCAAAGCGACCCAACUAUCAAAUGCCGGUGAAGUGCGUGAUGCUCCCACCCAAAGAAGAGGCUGACAUGCUCCUUGAGUACUACGUUAAGCAUGUUGACGACCUUCAGCAUGUUGUCUUCGUGUCACAUUUACGCACCCUCAUGGAGAAAUUCUAUGCAAACUUGCACCAGCGGCUAUCCAUCGCUUAUGGCCAACUUGCACUUCUCCUAACUGUUUUCGCGAGUUCGGCAGCUAUGUUUUCUCAUGUCUCUUGUAACAAAGUUGCUCAAUUUCCACCGUCGAGCGCUGCCCAUGCCUCAUUGGUCUGGGCAAACUCGGCUUUGCAGGUCAUGGGAUGCCCUCGGCGUACGGCGGCUGGUGGAUUGGAAGAAGUUCAAGCGGCUAUUCUCAUGGCAUUUCUACUUUACCAUGUUGAGGGCUUUUCUGCGAGGUCGCGACGCUUGUUGGCAGGUGCUCUCUCAACGGCGCGCGACAUGGGCCUACAUAAACUCGACGCUACAUCUGGCCCCUCGUCAAAUUCACUCAGAGCGGCUGACCCCGUUGACCUCGAGAUCCAACGACGUGUCUGGUGGCAUGUGGUUUCGACUGACUGGCUUCUAGGUCUCUGUGGAGGGCCCCAAGAAGGCACAUAUUUUAUCCAUCCUAGGCAGUUUCGCGUCAAUUUGCCUCUCAAUAUCAACGACAGUGAUCUUGUGUACGGCCGCCCACUUGUCGGUCGACCGUCAUCGGAGCCAACAACCAUGUCGUACUACAUACAACGGAUAAAACUUGCGGACAUCUGUCGCAGCGUUAUCGAUGUUAUGCCCCUGUUCAGCGUGUCGGUCACCAGCAUAGAUUACCAACAGAUCAUUGAAUUAGAUGGCAAGUUUGAAGCAUUCUUGAACGAUCUGCCCACUUUCUUUAAAGUCGACGAGAAAAGUCGACGUGAAAGUGAAGCCAUCACACGCAAGAAUUCAUACAUCAAAGUUCAGCGCUACUCUUUGGGCAUGGUAGCACGGACUCGACGUUGCAAGUUACACCAACCGUUUCUCAUACGACGUUCAGUUGAGAGUCACUACACAUACUCGCGAGAGAUAUCACUGACUUCGGCGAGGUGUGUCAUCCAGCUCAGGAGAAUGGCUGAAGAGGAGUUCGACUCUACAGCUCUUGCUCACGCCAAGAUGACUGGAGUGGUCUACCAUGUCUUCAUGGCGACUAUUGUACUGGUGAUGGACCUGUGUUUCAAUAGAAGCGAAGGUGACGAUGACAAACGAAAGGCCGAAGUCACCGAAGCCUGUACAAUCCUGGAGGAGGCUGCAGGCCAGUCGAGUUUGGCUAGGGAAUUUCUUGAUUCCCUCAUGGACAUACUACGCAAGCACAAGGUUCAUCUGCACCCCAUACACCCAGAAGCUGCCUCGAAAACUAAGAUCAAACAAACCCCUUCGCAGAACGCACCCAGCUUCGCAGUUCCCCAAGCUGAAGUUUUGCACAAUUUCUUUCCAGCACAGGACACAGGACGAAACUACAUGUCUGAUUUUGAUUCCAUUUGGGAGGACUAUAUCCAACUCGGGCCAAACAUGGAUAUGCCAGAAUGGGAUAAUCUGUUCGCUGACCUCGAUUCGAGGUUCACGGACUCGGAAACAGUGAGGCGGGCUCCGGACCUCUCGCAUAAUGUGCCCGGGAAUGGUUUCUAG